AUUCGCCACCAUUUAGUGAAAUUUUAUAUGAUCUUCCAGUAGAAGUCAGUUGGUCAACUGCGAGCGCAUGUGGUUCAUCAAUAUUUAUGAGUGGCGGUUUGUUAACCUAUGUGUCAAAUGAGACUCGAGAUUAUAUCGAUUUUGUUUUUACAUUUUCAACCAAAAAUAAUACAUGGCAAAGGCCUUCAAUUGAUGGUACGCCACCGUCUUCAAUUCCGAUUUUAUCCAUAUGCUCUGUUAUUGAUAAAGCUGGAAAAUUAUAUUUAUUUGGUGGAGACAAUGGAGAUAUAGCGUUUAGUGUUUUAUUAAAUAAUGGUGAAAUUCUAUACAUUGGCGGUAUAGAAAAUCCUAAAACUAAUAAAACGGCCACUAUGAAUCAAAUUCUAGUAUAUGAUACAAAAUCUUCCGAGUGGUCUACGACUCCUGUAGGUGGCUCGAUAGUUGGUUCGCGCUCUCGUCAUACGGCUAUUUUAG